AUGCCCUUGCGAAGUUCUGGCAAGUUGAACAUGGAGACCAGAAAAGAAGAUGGAGAGAGCACAGCACCUGCCCCUCCGCAGAAGAAGCUGUCUUGUCAGUGCCACCACCACUGUCCUGAGGACUCAGUCAACAGCACCUGCAGCACUGAUGGCUACUGCUUCACCAUAAUAGAAGAAGAUGAGUCCGGUGGACAUUUAGUCACCAAGGGAUGUCUUGGAUUAGAGGGCUCGGACUUCCAGUGUCGGGACACUCCUAUUCCACACCAAAGAAGAUCUAUUGAAUGUUGCACAGGCCAAGAUUACUGUAACAAACACCUUCACCCUACGCUGCCACCACUGAAAAAUAGAGACUUUGCUGAAGGAAACAUUCACCAUAAGGCCCUGCUGAUCUCAGUGACUGUUUGCAGCAUACUUCUGGUGCUUAUCAUCAUAUUCUGCUACUUCAGAUACAAACGCCAAGAGACGAGGCCCCGCUACAGCAUCGGGCUGGAGCAGGAUGAGACCUACAUUCCCCCUGGAGAGUCCCUGAAGGAUUUGAUCGAGCAGUCCCAGAGCUCAGGGAGCGGCUCCGGGCUCCCUCUCCUGGUUCAAAGGACCAUCGCAAAACAGAUUCAGAUGGUAAAGCAGAUUGGAAAAGGUCGCUAUGGAGAAGUCUGGAUGGGAAAGUGGCGUGGCGAAAAGGUAGCCGUGAAAGUGUUUUUUACCACGGAGGAGGCCAGCUGGUUCAGAGAAACAGAAAUCUACCAGACUGUCCUGAUGAGGCAUGAAAAUAUUCUUGGAUUCAUUGCUGCAGACAUUAAAGGUACAGGAUCUUGGACCCAGCUGUAUCUCAUCACCGACUACCAUGAGAACGGCUCGCUUUAUGAUUAUCUAAAAUCUACUACCUUGGACACAAAAGCCAUGUUAAAACUGGCUUACUCCUCCGUUAGUGGCUUGUGCCACCUGCACACUGAGAUCUUCAGUACUCAGGGCAAACCCGCUAUUGCCCACCGUGACCUAAAAAGUAAGAAUAUCCUGGUGAAAAAGAACGGCACCUGCUGUAUAGCAGAUUUGGGCUUGGCUGUUAAGUUUAUCAGUGAUACAAAUGAGGUAGACAUACCUCCAAAUACCCGUGUAGGAACAAAACGCUAUAUGCCUCCUGAGGUGCUGGAUGAAAGCUUGAAUAGAAAUCACUUUCAGUCGUACAUCAUGGCUGAUAUGUACAGUUUUGGACUCAUCCUUUGGGAGAUAGCAAGGAGAUGUGUUUCAGGAGGAAUAGUUGAAGAAUACCAGCUUCCGUACCAUGACCUUGUGCCCAGCGACCCCUCGUAUGAGGACAUGCGGGAGAUUGUGUGCAUCAAGAGACUACGCCCUUCAUUUCCCAACAGAUGGAGCAGUGAUGAGUGCUUACGGCAGAUGGGGAAGCUGAUGAUGGAGUGCUGGGCUCACAAUCCUGCCUCCCGGCUCACAGCCCUGCGGGUCAAGAAAACACUUGCCAAAAUGUCAGAGUCUCAGGACAUUAAACUCUGACUCGGCCAGAGGCAGUUCUUGUGAAGGCCCAUGGAAACGGACUUUCUCGUGCAGGCAGAAGUCCUGAAGAGGUAUCAAAAGUCUUCGCUAAUAAGUAUCUUGAAUGCAGUCAUGCUUAAGAGCAGCUGUAGGUUCGUUUAACAGCUUUUGAGGAGACUAUCCUUUGCAAAAAUCAGCUGAAUUUUGACAUACAAGAUUGAAAGAGGCUUGUCUGCCCUUGUUUACACGGGGAAAUACAGUUUUAGUAACUGGUUUAAGAUUAUGCAUGUUGCUUUCCAUGAAAGCCACUUAUUAUUUUAUUAUUAUUAUUAUUGUUAUUAUUAUAUUUUGACUGUUUAAAAAGAUACUGCUUUAAAUUUUAUGAAAAUAAAACUUUUGGUUAGAAGU